GGUGUGCGAUUGCGACUUGCUCGGAAGUGCUAGGUAAAGAGUCGUUGCUUUGCUAGCCUCCCCGCGAUGUAAGUUAGAACGUGGCCCGACAGGCUUCGCGAGGCUCUCCGUUUCUUGGACGCUGUGAAACGUCCUCAACGCAUGUGCCAACGACAUGAUGACAGCUUUCGCAACACAAUUCACUGAAUGAAUCCGGCUCAAUCGCAUUUGCCGAUACGUCCUACAGCUUCCUAAACCGUUCUUAUUUGAUAAAAAAUCAUCUUCUGCCCAUACGACAGCACACAACAACAUUACAGGGAUAGCUUGUUGGUAACCUGGGUACACGAUGUCUGGAAUACACCUCACACAAUUGCGGAAAUGGAUGCUGGAGUCACCACCAGUGGAAUGGGCCAUGAACCAGUUAAGGGAACUUCUGAUCGGUGCCUUACGGCAAGGACAAAUACCGCAGCAUGUAGCGUUUGUGAUGGACGGAAACAGGCGGUUCGCCAGAAGUCAGAAAAUCGAGACAGUGGAAGGACAUAAUCUGGGAUUUGAAGCUUUAGCAAGGAUAUUAGAGGUCUGCUAUAAGUCUGGAGUGAAGGUUGUCACGGUCUAUGCUUUUAGUAUAGAAAACUUCAAACGAUCGAAGUACGAGGUCGAUGCUUUAAUGGAGAUGGCGAAGAUCAAGCUGUUCCAGUUGUCACAGCAUGGGGAACUGCUGGACAAAUACGGUGCUAGCAUUCGGGUUCUAGGCAACAAAAACUUUGUCAAGCCGGACGUUGCGGAAGCUGUGAAUAAAGCUGUGGAGAUGACCAAAAACAACGGCGACUGUGUAUUGAAUAUAUGUUUCCCAUACACUUCACGGGACGAGAUUACCACUGCUAUUAAAGCUACAGUGGAGGACUAUACAAAACCAUUAUCAGCACACGCCCGGCCCUUCUCUCAAACAAGAAUCACACAGAAGAUUCGUUCUCGAAACCUCAGUACCUCACCUCUACGUGCCAGCUCGCCAACACCAGACAAUGCUUCUGACGUUGAUGAAUCAGUUUCGUCGUCAACGACGUUGCAUCCGGAAACACCUCCCCAAGAUAGCCGAGAAAAUAACGUCUAUCCAGAUCCCGAGACAAUAAGUUCGGACACGAUUGGAGAUCACAUGUUCACUGCUGGUGAUCCUCCUCUUGAUCUUCUCGUCCGGACGAGUGGUGUUAAGCGGCUAAGUGACUUCAUGCUUUGGCAAUGUCAUGAAGAUACAGAGAUAGUCUUCUUAGACUGUCUAUGGCCCGAAUUUGAUCUAUGGCAGUUCUUGCCAGUGUUAGUGGAAUGGCAAUGGAGACAGAAGCAUAUCGAUGAGAAGGCAUUGAGUGCAAAGACGAAGGUCCGGUAGUCUUCUCGUGGAUCAGCAUAGCAUGCUAGAGAAUAGAGCUUUAUUGCAAAGCAUCAGGCGAUGGGAGUUGGGAGUUAAUCAUCUGAAGUUAGCGAAAAGUAUGGAGGUCUGACUUUGAUCAUCAUGAUAAGAGACUGCAUCCUAGUGAUGAGGUCAGAGUUACUUGGUGCUCAUUUAGUAAAGUUCUCAAUUCGGGAGCUAUUUCAGGCAAGAACUUGUGGAUACCUGGUUUAAAAGGUAGUACGUCUCCUCGAAAAGUGCGGAUGAGACGAAUUCAGCGUCCCGUCUCCUAAAUGAGGAGACAGAAGCCACAAGCUAUAGAUAGAAUAUGAUCUAUAAGAAAAGUUCUGAUUCCGGAAGCCCAAAAAGCUUCUCAACCAAGGUACU